GCGGAAGUCACUGCUGUUUCACCCACUGAGUGGCAGCUUGAAAGCAAAAAAACACUCCUAAAAUGGGAAAGAGCUGUUGUGUGACUGAUUGUAAAAACAGAUUCAACAAGGAAUCGGACCUAUCUUUUUACAGACUGCCGAAAGCAAAAGAAAAGAGAAGCAAAUGGAUCGCUGCGAUUCGUAGAAACAACUGGAAUCCAGGCAGCGAAACGUGGAUUUGCAGUUGCCAUUUUGUGUCAGGAAAAAAGAGCGAUGAUCCACUACACCCUGACUAUGUGCCAAGUUUAUUCAGUUUCACCUCCAAAACUGAUCGAACUCGCGCUGUCAAAAACCUGGAAAGAUAUCAACGAUUUCGAGAAGUUUCUGUGAAAAGAUUUGUCAGUGCCAACACAAGUAAAGAGCUAGCUGCAACAGCUCUCAUGAACCUGUAUCAAAGUUCCACAUUAAAGAAAGAGGUCCAGAUGGUUGAAAUCCAAGGAACUGAGGUCCAGACGGUUGAAGUCCAAGGCACUGAGGUCCAGACGGUUGAAGUCCAAGGCACUGAGGUCCAGACGGAUGAGACACACAGUGACAUCGCCUCUUUACACGAACAGAUUAAAUCUUUAAACUCUGAAUGUCAAUCACUGAGAGAAAAAGUUCACGAAUUGGAAAGCGAGUUGAAACUUCAUGUACUUGAUCCCUCACAAUUUGAUGACAGCAAAAUUAAAUUUUUCACAGGACUGCCCAGUUUACAGACUUUCAUGCUGUUGUUCAGCUCUGUGUCAUCAGUUGUUCCAGUUACUACAAAACAUUCACUCAAGCCUACUCAGGAACUUCUUCUUACACUGAUGAAGCUGCGCCUCAAUCUGUCCGAGGAAUUCUUAGGUCACCUUUUCAGGAUUCAUCAGUCAACGGUAUCAAGAAUUCUUCGUCGCUGGAUACAUGUCCGUGGAGCCUUUAAUUCAUUAAAGUAAAAAUAAGGCCUUAAUUAGCAUUAAAAUGUUUGGCAUUAAAAUUGUUUCUAAGAUCUUACAAAUGCAACUGAACCAACACUGGUUUUCACUCACUGCUUUUUGAAAUCGUAAAACCUUGUCACUGUAUUGCAACGACUUGCAGUAAAUGCCAUUUUACACAAAAUGAGUUUGAGUCACAUUUAGAACAUAGUGUGCAAGAUUCUUCUUUUUUUUUACAUAGCUUAAUCUUAAACUUUUUUUAGUAGACAGAAGUUGACAGCAUUUCACCUAAUUUGUGAGGAGAUGUGAAUUAAAAACUGUUGCCAACUAAAUGGAGAUUUUUCUUUGGUUUUCCAUCAAAAUAAAAGCCCCCAAAUCGAAUGCAUAAAAGGGAAUUAUGACAGAAUUAUAAUAUUAUUAUAUUACUAUUUGUAUCCCCACAUAAAAAUGUAUUAUUUUUUCAUUGCACUAGUAAUAUUACAAAAGUUUAUUUUUUCUUUAAAGAUAAAAACUUUGUAAAAAAAUACUUUGUGUUAUAUACCCUGCCAUUCAAUUUAAAAUGUGAUUGUCAAAUGACACCUCCCUGUAAUGUUCUGAUGAAAACUGAGACUGAUAUUUGUAAAGAAAGCUUGACAAAUAAAAAUGAUACUCUGCAUGA